AUGGAGUACGUAGUUAGGAAGCGUCCAAGGUCCAACCAAAUCAAGCACACGCAACACAAACACAUGGACGACGCGGCGGCGGAGGCCGAAGCGCUGCGGCUCCGGCUGGCCGCAAUCGCCAGGAAGUGGCUGGAGGACCCCCGCGCGGACUACGCCGGCAACGUCACCGACGCGGCCAGCCAAAAGCGCCACGCGCUCAACUCGCUGGUGCUGGGCGGCGCACGCAUCUCCCUCUCCGAGCACGGCCGCGUCGUCUGCUCGUUCCACGUGCCGCCGCCGCUCACCGUAAGUACGCACAGCUCAUGGCUAAUUGCUCGCGCAUCCGGAUUGGAGAUCUCAAUUCUCACCGCGGCGUGUCUUUGUCUGUUCCUGCUUUCCGCUCGCGUGCAGGACUCGGACGGGACGUGGCACGCGGGGGCGCUGGCGGCGGCGGUGGACAACAUGUGCUCGGCGGUGGUUUUCACGGUGGUGGGCGCGCCCACGGCCACCGUCCACUACGGCCUGUCCUACUUCUCGCCCGUCGCGUGCAACGAGGAGGUUCAAUUGGACGGGCGGGUGGUGGGCCGGAAGGGGAAGCUGACGGCCGCUGUCGUGCGGGUGCGGAAGAUGGGAUCCGGCGAGCUGGUGGCGAUAGGGAGGCAGUGGAUGACCCCUGCCUGGCCAACAAAGAGCAACAAAAGUAGGAGCAGCCUCUGA